GACAGCGGAGCUCAUAGCACACGAUGAAGAAAGAACCACCUAGCCGUCCACGGUUUUCGCCCGACGCUCCAUGGCCCAGACAAGCGAUGCCGAAUACCCCUUACGCACGGCUGAAAACGCGUCCUCCAAGCAAGUGUCCGCCGGGGACACCUUCUGUCGGGAAUGUUUCGAGAUACUGGCGCGGAGGUCAAAUGGACGAGCCCGCUUACACCGCGAUGUCCUUGAGCUGGUAGAAUGCGGGAAGAGAUGCAAAUUCUGCCGCUAUUUGUGUGAUGCAUUCGGCGAAGACUUUUUUCAGGGGAUCAAGUCGGAAUAUGAGGACGAUAAGAUGUCGUAUGCUCUCAUGUCGAUCAAAAUUGAAAGCAUAGGGGAGAAUAAAAUAGUGGAGAGGCUUGAAUUGCGCGUCAAUAUAGAGCAGAGUUAUUGGAAACAACUUGGCUGGAGGCUUUUCAUCGCAUUGGGUAACGCGGCUAGAAGUCUUCCCCGUGCUAUUUGGAGUAGUCCGGUACCUUCAGACUUCCCGGCUAGAGUCCCCACCCUUUUGUUCUGGCUACGGGAGUGCUUGGAGCAGCAUCCAAAAUGCCGAAAUACUUUAAGCCCUGAAAGUCCCCUAGCGGCGCGCGUUCUUGAAGUGCGCUCGGAACAUGGGCAGACGCUUCUUCGACUGCUUCCAACGGACGAUUUGGAUUUGCACAAAGCUCCAUAUUUAGUUCUCAGUCAUUGCUGGGGAGGCAUAGCGAUCCCAUCCAAGACGACGUGUGACAAAGUAAAGAGUUACCAGAAUUCCAUCGCCCUAGACGCCCUUCCCAAGACGUUCCGCGACGCAGUUGCAAUCACCGAAGCCCUACAAAUCCGCUACCUUUGGAUUGAUAGUCUCUGCAUCAUACAAGACGAUGCUGCAGACUGGGAGCGCGAAUCGGCGAAGAUGGCGUCCAUCUUUCGAGGCGCCACUUUGACCAUCUCAGCGAGCAGUGCAUCUAACUCGGAAGAAGGGUGCGGCAUAGACAACUUGCUGGCUCCAGCUACUCAAUUCUUCGUCUCGGAACGAAAGCCUGACCAGCCUCCCUCCUUCGCAAUUCGAGACGGCAAACACGGCAAUUACGAGCUCGAAAUGCGGCACUUGAUAUGGGAUGCGCCAGUGCACAAGCGCGCCUGGAUAUUCCAAGAAAAGAUUCUAUCACGCCGUAUUCUGCAUGCCACGCAUAAGCAGUUCGUCUGGCAGUGCGCCACGCACGUGGAGACUGAAGAUGGAUUGGACCAUGAGGAAAUGAAAGGGGGAGCGUGGGAGAUUCUCGGGAGCCAUGUCCCUGAGCACACCGUUGGGACAAAACCCUUAAAACAAGACCACGAUAUACGCGCCCGAUGGUGGAACUGGUGCAAAAGCUAUAUGAACCGCAGUCUGACGUGCAGUUCGGACCACUAUGCCGCGUUUGCAGGCGUCACAGACCUGUACCGGGAGAUGACCGGCGAUGAGCCGAUCCUUGGGCUCUGGAGAAGAUAUCUUCAGUUCCACCUCGGGUGGGGUGUAUAUCCAACCGACGAUUGGCAGCCGCUGCAGGAGACUCGCCAGCCUUCGUGGACGUGGAUGACCUUUCCGCAUGGCAGUGUCAGGCCGUGGCUCUACGACAUAGAGUGGAAGGCAAUAGCAGCAACGUACUCCGACCCCAUAGCCUCCGCUCAUCCAGGCUCUGAUACCCCAGCCUCGUCACCGCUCCGCUACCAAGCAGAGAUAAUCGACAUCGACGUCCGGUGGACGGGCGCACCGCUCGUCUCAUCGCCAGCAAGCGGCACACUGAAAAUCCAUGGCUUGCUCCACCGGCUCACUUUGCCAAGGGACCGCUUUGGAGGAUCGCUAACUCUCGAUCCAGAUGUACAAGGAAGAAUUGAGCGCGGUAGUGAAUCCGCAGUCUUUGCGCUCUUCUCGUUCUGGAAGGAAGGGGAACUUAUUCCGGAUCCUCCGGCAGUGCAUACCGUAUACUUGGUGAUCGAAAGUACAGGUGCAGGAGAAUUGGAGUAUCGACGUGUUGGGCGCAUGGUGGGGUGGGUUAGGCUACCGCCCGGGACCGAAAUGCAAGAUGCCUUUCCGGGCACUUAUCGGACUAUCACUCUCGUAUGAAAACACUUAAACGCGUAGGACGUUCAAGAGCAGAUAAAUAGCUGAUGUUUUUUUACUACAUAUGCGGCUAGCCUUUCAUUGUGACCAAACUAGCGAGGUUUAGGCCAAGAAGAUGAUACAAUAAUAAACAGCAU